AUCUUGCCACCUUCACAUCAGGGGCGGGCUUCUCUGGUAGCGAUCCCUUGCUAGGAAGAGUGCCCAACCAUAGCAGUAUGGCGCUGCUCGGUAACUUCUUGAGGGGUGCUGUCCGUCGGGCACCGUGCGUCACACCCGGGAAAGCAUUGGUGUUCAAGUCCAUUGCCCCCAUAGUGACACCGCACCAAGUUCGGGUUGGUGUAUUUGGGGUGGAUAGCCGAUGGUUCUCUUCAGCUACAGCAGAGCAACCGGUCGUUGAGGAGUCGCCUGCCGUCAACUACGACGUGGCGGAUCUGGCUCGGCUGAAUCAACUUCGGAAUAUCGGAAUCUCGGCGCAUAUUGAUUCCGGAAAGACGACGCUGACCGAGCGCAUCUUGUUCUAUACUGGGCGAAUCGAAGAGAUCCACGAGGUCCGAGGGAAAGAUAAUGUUGGUGCCAAAAUGGACUCUAUGGAACUGGAGCGAGAAAAGGGAAUCACUAUUCAGUCUGCCGCCACGUAUACGAAGUGGAAAGACUGUGCUAUUAAUAUUAUUGAUACCCCUGGUCACGUUGAUUUCACGAUUGAAGUAGAGCGUGCGCUCCGUGUUCUCGAUAGUGCAAUUCUGGUGCUUUGUGCCGUCGGAGGCGUUCAGUCACAAACUAUGACGGUAGAUCGUCAAAUGAAGCGCUACAACAUUCCUCGUAUUUGUUUCAUAAAUAAGAUGGAUCGAGCUGGCGCAAACCCAUGGCGAGUAAUUGACCAACUUCGGAAUAAGUUACGCUUGACUGCUGCGGCGGUACAAGUUCCUAUAGGUGCCGAAAGUAAUCUGAAGGGGGUCGUGGAUCUGGUUAAUAUGAAAGCUUACUAUAACGAGGGCGACAAGGGGGAAACCAUUAGAAUUGAUGAUAUCCCUAGCGAGAUGCAGGACUUUGUAGCUGAGAAGCGGGCCGAGUUGAUUGAACAUCUUGCUGACGCGGACGACGAGAUUGCCGAGAUUUUCUUGAACGAGGAAGAGCCUACCAACCAGCAGCUCGAAGAUGCAGUCCGGCGCAGUACAAUCGCACAGAAGUUCUGUCCAGUCUUCAUGGGGUCAGCAUACCACAACAAAGGCGUACAACCUAUGUUGGACGGUGUACUGACGUACUUACCCCGGCCCCAUGAAGUGGAGAAUUAUGCCCUAGACGCGAAGAACGACGAAAGCAAAGUACUGUUGAGCUCGGCAUCGAGCGCUAACUUGGUUGGCUUAGCGUUCAAACUUGAGGAAGGACGAUUCGGACAGUUGACGUACCUCCGCAUUUAUCAAGGAACUCUUAAGAAGGGUGACUGGAUUGUAAACUCCAGGACCGGUAAGAGGGUCAAGGUGUCAAGGCUUGUUCGUAUGCACUCCAACGAAAUGGAAGACGUCGCCAGCGUUGGAUCCGGUGAAAUUUGCGCUUUGUUUGGCAUUGACUGUGCUUCUGGUGAUACUUUCACCGAUGGUUCCGUUGCGUACGCCAUGACGUCCAUCUAUGUUCCUCAGCCUGUAAUAUCUCUGUCAUUGGAACCAAAAGGGAAAGAAUCUCCCAAUUUUGCGAAAGCUCUGAAUCGUUUCCAGCGUGAAGACCCAACUUUCCGCGUCCACGUCGACGCCGAAAGCAAGCAAACAAUUAUCUCUGGAAUGGGCGAGCUUCACUUGGAGAUUUACGUCGAACGCAUGAAGCGCGAGUACAAUGUUGAUUGCGCUACUGGAAAGCCCCAAGUGGCUUUCCGUGAAACUAUCAACCAAAAAGUUGCGUUCAACUACACGCACAAGAAACAAUCUGGUGGUUCAGGACAGUUUGGACGUGUUGUGGGCUAUAUUGAACCCAUGGAAGAGCCAGCGGAGGAUGGAAAUCUGGUAGAAUUCGUUGAUAACACGGUCGGUAUGAACAUUCCCAGCCAAUACAUUCCCGCUAUUGAAAAGGGAUUCCUCGAAGCUUGUGAGAAGGGCUCUUUGAUUGGGCAUCCGGUCACUGGCGUUCGAUUUGUCCUUGAAGAUGGGUUGGCACACGCCGUCGAUUCGAGCGAACUGGCGUUCAAAUUGGCUUCCAUUUACGCCUUCCGUGAAGCUUUCAUGAAGGCCGGUCCGGCGAUUCUUGAGCCGAUCAUGGAUGUCAGCUUGACGGCUCCUGUUGAAUACCAGGGUACCUGCAUCGGCCUCCUGAACAAGCGAAAGGGAACUAUUGGCGAUUCUGAGGUCCAGGAGGAUUACGUCGAGGUCAAAGCCGAUGUACCCUUGAACGAGAUGUUUGGCUUUUCGACCGACUUGCGUUCCUGCACUCAAGGCAAAGGAGAGUUCUCCAUGGAGUACAAGACCCAUGCCCCUGUCAUGCCGUUCGUGCAGCAGCAGCUCAUGGAAGACUACAAGAAGAAGCUCAUGGAGCAGAAGAAAUGAAGACAAGCGGUCGUGUAGAGUAUCAUUAUUUUAUGGAUUGGGUGUGUAGGAUAUAUUGUUUUAUGUAGACAUAGCACUUGCGCUGUAUUUGUAUGCUAGCAUUUCCUGGUUUGCGCCAGACAUCUGUCAUGUUUUGUAAAUUAUAUGAAGUUUGAUGAUCAUGGGUCGUGCAUUGUUC